UUCUUUCACAAGUUUUAUUCACCUCACAACUGUCAUCAAUAUUAAUCAGCUGCAGCAGCCAACAUCGCUUACUAAAUAUUUCUAGAUGCGUAUAUCUGAAAACAUACGGAGAAUAUUUUUUUAUCACAACAGAAAGAUCUAAAUACAGAAAUCCAUUUACUCGAUCAAAAGUUUAAGGAGUGGGCCGAAAGCAUAAACCAGAAAUAUCUAUGCAGAUAUUGGUUUGUAGUGUCAUUUGCAUAUGCAUAGGUAGUGCUCAACGAAAACAAUAGUUCGCGGCAAAAGCGAAUCGUUAUGAUGAGAAUGGAUUGGCGGCGAGCAGAAAUACUUGACCUAAUAUGUAUGUACAGGGAAUCUGAGUGUCUAUGGAACUAUCUUAAUCCAGAAUACAAAGACAUUGAUUUGAAGAAAAAUGCUUGGGAAGAAAUCGCAAAUUUUUUUGGAAGAAAUGUUGAAGAAGUGAAGAAAAAAAUUAAAAAUCUACGCACAAGUUAUGUUUUAGAGAAAAAGAAAGUCGAUACUAAAAAAAUCAGUUCAGGAGAUUCUCUGUAUCAGCCCCGUUUAUUCUACUACGAUGAAAUGACAUUUUUGGAUCCCAUAGUAGUUUUGAGAUUUUUUAAUCCUACAGAACAGAGUGCAGACCCCUUAAGUGAUAAAAAAUCAACACGUUCCACAAACGACAGGCAUAUUGCCGAAAAGAAUAAACGCAAACUUUUCAGUAGUUCUGACGAGGAUAUGCCAUAUUCGGAACCGACACCUAAAAAAAGACUGUAUAACACGCAUGAUGUACAUUUAGACAAUGUACCACAAGUCGAAUUAGAGAAGGAAGUACAUCUAAGUAAAGAAGAUACCUUUUGCGCAAUGCUUUGUAGCGAACUUAAAUUACUUAAAUCCGAAGAUGUAUAUGACAAUGUGACCUCUGAAAUUUUUACAAUUUUAAGAAAUGCCAAAAUGGCAGAACGCCAAAUCGUCUACCAGCCCGAAGAAGUUAACAAAGUUACUAGUAAAAAGAUGUGAAAGCGAUUUUUUUCUGAUUCAUAACCAUAAAAGUCAAUGCUGUAUCGGAGCUUAAUUUUUAAAUUGUUUUGUUUUCAAAAUAAUUAGUUACAAAAUAUAAUAUACACUAAUAAAAAAUAACAGACAGCAACCAUUUACGUUAAUAACAUGAUACAACAAAUAAAUAUUAUUGCAUAAAGCUUUGAAUUAAUUUUCGUAUAAUUUGUAUGAAUUUGAAAGAAAUUAGAAAUAUUGAUUUGAAAGAAAUGAUAAAACAUAAAAAUUUUGCAUUUGAUAAACUUUUGAAAACAAAAGGAGGAAGUUAAACCAAAUUCGAAGGACAAAAAUUUUAGAACAAUAUUUUUUUAUUUUUGAUACUGUGGACAACUUCCUCGGAAUUAGGCGGAACAGAAAUCCAGUUUCCGGAACUUUUAGCGGUAGAAAGAUACUUAUGUAAUGUUGUAUAAUAAUUCACAACAAUUGUGACAUCAAUUCUAAUGAAAUAAAAUACCUAAAAGUGUUAUUGUAAUAAA